AUGGAUACCAUCUCUACUCGGCCACGCGCGAGGAGCCUUCCACCAUCGCUACCCGCUGCUCGCGAAGUCAAAGCCGCACCAGUCAUCCAGCAAACUGUCUCGCGACUGUCAUCUCAGCCUCCUACUCAGCCUGUCCAGGAAUCCUCAAAACCCAGCAANAAGAGGAGAAUCUCCGAGUCAGAGCCUCCGGACGCGAAACCUCGACAGCAAUCCAAGAAGGCCCGCAAGCAGGAAUCAGAAGAGCUGUCAUCGAAGAAAUCCGACUCUCAGUCUCAAAAGCAAGACAGCCGCCAACAACCCGUCAAUGGAACAUCUAAGCCUAGCACUGCUCAGACCAAGGCCUCGAAGCAGGAGUCAAUCUCGAUCAAACCCUUGAAAGGAGAGCAGUCACCGAAGGCUGGCAAGGCAUCGAAAUCUCCUAUCGCAUCCGCUUUCAAGACGUCAAAUUCCUGGCCAGCGAGCGUGGGCAAGCCAAAGAUCAAGGGCUUGAGCAACCCAAUGAACUGGUGCUAUCGUCGCAGCGUGCUGCAGAGUCUCAUCGCAGUGCCCCAACUCUUCAACCUUCUGGACGAUUCUCACAAAUCAUGUCCAAAGCAGGGCAGAUGCGUGACCUGCGCAAUGCGACAACUGCUCCUGAGCUACCACACCUCUCCCGGCGGUGUGGGCAGCCAACUGUCCGCUCUGGACGGCGCCAUCAGAGCAACCGGCAGAUCGAGCGAUCCUCGCUGGAGCGCCACAAGCCAGACACAAGAAGACAGCCACGAUUUUCUUCAAUACCUGCUUGGUACUUUCGAAAAGGCCAAAGGAAUUGACAAAGAUCAAUUUACUUCCCUUUUUCGAAUCAAGCACAAGAUCUCCUGGGUCUGCGACGGCUGCAAGAAAGUGCACACUCACAGCGAUCCACCCGGCUUCAGUCUCACUCUGCCUAUCCCGAACCGAUCGAAUGUCAAUCUCACGGAUUGUCUGAACACAUACCACCGCGAGCCCAACGUCACUAUCCGCUGCGACCAAUGCAAGAAGAAUGUUAAGCGCACUCGCAUCUUCCAACUCGACAACGCGCCUGACGUCUUGCCCAUCCAGCUCGCGCGUUUCGGUUACGGUGCUCGUGGACCCACGAAGAACAAACAGCACGUCGAUUUCCCCGAGGAGUUUGACCUUUCGCCCUGGUCGCUAGACAGAUCGAAGCCAUCGAAGUAUCGUCUUCAGGCCAUUGUCGCACACUCAGGCUCGCUCAAGUUCGGUCAUUACAUUGCUUACAUUCGCGGUGCCGAUGGAAUCAAAGAGAUCAGCGAUUCCUCUGUCAACAACAGCAAUGCCAGAGAGUGGAGGAAGCCAACUUCUGGUUUCAACCCAUACAUUCUGGUGUACAUCAAGCAAUGA